AUCUAAAGGAGAGACGAUAGGACAAAAAGUGAUGAUGAUGAAUACAUUGGAAAGUUUUUUGGCCCUGACGAGGGUGUCAGAUUGAAUGGCCUGUGCGCAUGUGCGAAGGUGUCCAAACUGACAAUGCUUGUGAGAUGAAGAUAGUGUUGUUGCUGCUUCUGGGCUCAAGGAGGACGAGCGGAAUCUACAAGCCGACACGAUGAGAUCCAAGGCGAGGGCGAGGAAACUGGCCAAAAAUGACAGUGAAGCGAUAGACAGCGUGUUCGAGUCGGAGCGCGGCGGCCUGCCCAGCGGCGUCGGUGGCGGCCUUGGACCCGAGAGCGGAGACGAGGAGACGGAGGAUGGCAUCAUGUCGCCCAUCCAGAUGGGCAUGCCCCCCUCGCACUCGCACUCACACUCGCACUCACACUCACACUCACACUCGCCGCACCCCAACAACAACAACAACAACCACGACGACGAGGACUACACCCCCAAAGAGGGCUCGCCCUACGAGGUGCCCGUCUACAUUCCAGACGACAUUCCCAUCCCGGCCAACCUGGAGCUGCGCGAGUCCUCCAUGCCGGGCGCCGGCCUGGGCAUCUGGGCCAAGAGCCACAUCGCGGCCGGGGAGCGAUUCGGGCCCUACGGCACCAGCACCAGCGGCACCGGCGGAUCCUCCAGCUGCGGCAGCCUCAAGGACAACAGCUACGGAUGGGAGCAGAUGCUGAAUGAUCACGAGGUUUCAUCCCAAGAUGGCUGCAUCAAAAAGGUGGUGGACGAGAUGGGUAAUAUGAAGUUCUGUGUGGACUCCCAGCUGGACGGCAGUGGCAGCUGGCUGAAGUACGUCCGCACGGCCCUCUCCUACGAGGACCAGAACCUCACCGUCUGCCAGCUCAAUGGAGACCAGAUCUAUUACAAAGCAAUCAGAGACAUCGAGGUCGGGGAGGAGCUGCUGGUUUACAUGAAGGACGGCGUGUUCCCUGAGGGAUCCAUGGCACCAAACCUGGAAGACGAGCCCAUGUACCGCUGUGAGGAGUGCGAUGAGCUGUUUGGCACCAAGCUGGAGCUGCGGAGGCACCAGAAGUACUCGUGCGGCAGUGCCGCCUCCCUCUUCGACACGCUCAGCAGCGACGAGUUCAAGAGGGAGAAGGACGACCCCGACGAGCCCGUGCACGAGUGCAAAGACUGCGAGAAGGUCUUCCCCAGCGAAUACAGUCUGGGCGAGCAUAUGAUCAUACACACAGAGGAGAGAGAGUAUAAGUGUGACCAGUGUCCCAAGGCCUUCAACUGGAAAUCCAACCUCAUUCGCCACCAGAUGUCACAUGACAGUGGCAAGCGCUUCGAAUGUGAAAACUGUGACAAGCGUGCCCCCCUGUCACCUGCACAGGUGUUCACAGACCCCAGUAAUCUGCAGCGCCACAUCCGCUCGCAGCACGUGGGCGCCCGGGCCCACACGUGCCCAGAGUGUGGCAAGACCUUCGCCACGUCGUCGGGCCUCAAGCAGCACAAGCACAUUCACAGCAGUGUCAAGCCGUUCAUCUGUAAGUCUCAGCCAUCAGCAUCCUCUCUAAGAUAUCAUUUCCCGUGUCCAAAGGCCUCCAGUCUUUCCUCAAACUCCCACGACAGUGACCUCUGUCGUGUUAUAGGCGAGGUGUGCCACAAGUCCUACACGCAGUUCUCCAACCUGUGCCGGCACAAGCGCAUGCACGCCGACUGCCGCACGCAGAUCAAGUGCAAGGACUGCGGCCAGAUGUUCAGCACCACCUCCUCCCUCAACAAGCACCGGCGCUUCUGCGAGGGCAAGAACCACUACGCCCCCGGCGGCAUGUUCUCCUCCGGCAUCCCGCUCACCUCCAGCCCCAUCAUGCCCAAGGCCAAGGCGCACCACCCGGGCCUCAACCACGCCGGCCUGGGCUUCGGGGACUACUUUCCAUCGCGCGCCCACCCCCACCACGGCGGCCUGCCCUUCUCCCCGACGCCGCCCGGCUUCCCCACGCUCGCCCACGGCUUCCCCGGCAUCUUCCCGCCCUCGCUGUACCCGCGAGCCCCCCUGCUGCCCCCCAGCUCCCUCCUCAAGAGCCCCCUGGGUGGUGGGCAGCAGCAGCUGGACGGGAAGCUGCCUCGUAGCCCCCUGGACGGCCCUCCGCUCUCGCUGGUCACCUCCAUGGGUAAUAAUAGCACCCCGGGCAACGCCGGCGGUCACAACAACAGCCACGGCGGGCAGUCGGAGUCGGAGCGCGGCGGCGACGGGGUCAAGAGCGAGCUGAUGUUCCCCGGCGAGGGGAAGGUGGGCAAGGGCAAGCUGAGCGACGGCUCGGACGCCAGCGACCUGGAGGACGUGAACACCACCAGCGGCACGGACCUGGACACCACCACGGGCGAGAACACGGCGUCCGGCUCCGAGCUGGAGAGCGACGCCGAGGAGAGCGAGCGCGAGCGCGAGAAGCGGGAACGCCGGAAGCAGCAGCGCCAGCUGCAGCAGCAGCAGCAACAGCAGCAACGGCAGGAGGCCGAGCAAAGAGCUGCAGCCAAACACGACGAGCUCCUCAACAGCGGCUCAUUGGCCGGAUCGGCCCAUCCGUCAGCCACCGCAGGCCCCGAUAGGCCGGCCUUCCUGGGAGGAGGCGGUGCCGGACCGCAGCACUCCUUCUUCCCGCCCCCCGACGAGCAGGCCCUGCCACCCAGCGGCGCGUCCGCCGCCACCGACUCCAUCAAGGCCAUCGCCUCCAUCGCCGAGAAGUACUUUGGGCCGGGCCUGAUGGGCCUGCAGGAGAAGCAGAAGAUGGCCGCGCUGCCCUACCACUCCAUGUUCCCCUUCCAGUUCCUGCCCAACUUCCCGCACUCGCUCUACCCCUUUGCCGACCGGGCCCUCAACCCCAACAUGUUCUUCAAGGCCGAGCCCAAGUCGCCUCGCGAACAGCAACAACAGCAGCAGCAGCAGCAGCAGCAGCAGCAGCAGCAGCAGCAGCAACAGCACUUGCAGAAGAUGAUGGGUGGUGGUUCUCUACCCGGCGCUGUUCCCACCACACCAGGAGGUGGCGGCGGCGAGUCCCCCUUCGACCUCAGCAACAAGCCCAAGGAAGUGAAGCCGCCCGCUGUCGUAGGCCCGCCUCCUGUCGGCAAGUCGGCCAAUCCCAUUGGCUCGUCCCUCCUCUCGGGCGAGGACCAACCUCUGGACCUGAGCAUCGGCAGCCGCAACCGUUCCAGCAGCCACAACGGAGGCCUAGCGCCCCCUAGCGAGCAGCGCAAGAACCACAUGUACAGCAGUGGUAGCAACAGCAGCGGUGGUGGGGGAGGUGGUGGGGGAGGAGGAAAGAUGCCCACUAAGGAGGAGCUCCAGGGUCCUGGCCAAUCACAAGGCCUGCACCCGUCGCCGCUGUCCCAGAUCCCCCUCUCAUUGGCCCAGCACAUGGGCUCGCCACAGCAGCCCUCCCUCCACUACGCCAAGCCCUCACCCUUCUUCAUGGAUCCCAUCUACAGCAGGGUGGAGAAGAGGAAGCUGGUGGACCCUGUAGGAGCACUGAAGGAGAAGUACCUACGCCCCUCGCCCCUGCUCUUCCACCCUCAGACUUUUCCUUACAAGAACCUCAGGCCUUUCCCCCAGUUCCUCCACACCAUGCAGGUGUCGGCGAUGGAGAACAUGACGGAGAAGCUGGAGAGCUUCAGCUCGGCCCUGAAGCUGGACGCCCCCAACUCCCUGCAGCACUCCUCCCACGCCCUCUUCAACUUCCGCACGCCCCCGCCCUCCCUCUCCGACGCCAUCCUGCGCAAGGGCAAGGAGCGCUACACCUGCAGAUACUGCGGCAAAAUCUUUCCCCGAUCGGCUAACCUUACCAGGCACUUACGGACACACACAGGAGAGCAGCCCUACAGAUGUAAAUACUGUGAUCGCUCGUUCAGUAUUUCCUCCAACCUGCAGAGGCAUGUGCGCAACAUCCACAACAAGGAGAAGCCUUUCAAGUGCCACCUGUGCAACCGCUGCUUCGGCCAGCAGACCAACCUGGACCGCCACCUCAAGAAGCACGAGCAUGAGAACAUCCCUGUGAGUCAGCACUCUGGAAUCCUGUCAAAUCUGGGCACAACCAUCUCAUCGCCGAACUCAGACGCGGACAAUCAUGCACUUUUAGACGAGAAGGAAGACUCCUACUUCUCCGAAAUUAGGAACUUCAUUUCCAACAGCGAGCUCAACCAAGCGUCCAGCUCUACUGAUAAAAGGUCAGAGGCGGUGGAGGAGGAGGAGGGGAGAGCCACGGGCGGCCACUCCAUGGCAGGCUCCAAGCGCAGCAGCUCGGAGGCCCUGGAGGAGGAGGAGGAGGAGGAGGUGGAGGGAGACGACGAGGACGAGGAGGAAGGCAGCCUGACGGAGAAGUCCCAGGACGAGACGGCCUCGCCGCCGCCACCACCCUCCUCGGCCGCCAGCGCCAGCGCCAUGGCCGGCCACCAGGGGGUGCCCUUCGACGAGGAGGAGGAGGAGGACGAGGAGCAGCAGCCCACGCCACUGGCCAUGAGCUACGAGCACACCCGCAGGCUUAUGCAAUGAUGCUGUCUCUAUCUGAGAGCAACCCUCUGCACGCCUCCUCCCAGAGCUCCCUGGACGCCUGGCUGAAUAUGGGUGGGGGCUCGGCUGACCCCAGCAGCGGCUUCCACCCCCUCAACCACAUCUAGCUGCCCAGACGCCAGACUGCCCAGACGCCAGACGCCAGAGACAAGGCCUGGAGGAUAGGGCAGUGCAGGCCAACGCAGGUGGGGGGGCAU